GUUCCUGGCUGGAGGACGCAGGUGGCGUCUGGCUCUCGGAGACUCCAGAGAGUAGGCACUGCCAUGGCCCCUGUGCUUAGCAAGGACGCGGCUGACAUCGAGAGCAUCCUGGCUUUAAAUCCUCGAACACAGACUCAUGCAACUCUGCGUUCUACUGCCGCCAAAAAAUUAGACAAGAAGCAUUGGAAAAGAAACCCUGAUAAGAACUGCUUUAAUUGUGAGAAGCUAGAGAAUAAUUUUGAUGACAUCAAGCACACGACUCUUGGUGAGCGAGGGGCUCUCCGAGAAGCAAUGAGAUGCUUGAAAUGUGCAGAUGCUCCCUGUCAGAAGAGCUGCCCAACUAAUCUGGACAUCAAAUCGUUCAUCACAAGUAUUGCAAACAAGAAUUAUUAUGGAGCUGCUAAGAUGAUUUUUUCUGACAACCCACUUGGUCUGACUUGUGGAAUGGUAUGUCCAACCUCUGACCUUUGCGUAGGUGGAUGCAAUUUAUAUGCUACUGAAGAGGGACCAAUUAAUAUUGGUGGAUUACAGCAGUUUGCUACUGAGGUGUUCAAAGCAAUGAAUAUCCCACAAAUCAGAAAUCCUUCUCUGCCUCCCCCAGAAAAAAUGCCUGAAGCCUAUUCUGCAAAGAUUGCUCUUUUUGGUGGUGGGCCUGCAAGUAUAAGUUGUGCUUCCUUUUUGGCUCGAUUAGGCUACUCUGACAUCACUAUAUUUGAAAAACAAGAAUAUGUUGGUGGUUUAAGUACAUCUGAAAUCCCUCAAUUCCGGCUGCCGUAUGAUGUUGUGGAUUUUGAAAUUGAGCUUAUGAAGGACCUUGGUGUAAAGAUAAUUUGUGGUAAAAGCCUCUCAGUGAAUGAAAUGACUCUUAAUACUUUGAAAGAGGAAGGCUACAAAGCUGCUUUCAUUGGAAUUGGUCUGCCAGAAGCAAAUAAAGACCGCAUCUUUGAAGGCCUGACGCAGGACCAGGGAUUUUACACAUCCAAAGACUUUUUGCCACUUGUAGCUAAAGGCAGUAAACCAGGAAUGUGCGCCUGUCACUCUCCAUUGCCAUCGAUACGGGGAGCAGUGAUUGUACUCGGAGCUGGAGACACUGCCUUUGACUGUGCAACAUCCGCUUUACGUUGUGGAGCCUGCCGCGUGUUCAUCGUCUUCAGAAAAGGCUUUGUUAAUAUAAGAGCUGUCCCAGAGGAGAUGGAGCUUGCUAAGGAAGAAAAGUGUGAAUUUUUGCCUUUUCUCUCCCCACGCAAGGUUGUAGUAAAAGGUGGGAGAAUUGUUGCUAUGCAAUUUGUUCGGACAGAGCAAGAUGAAACUGGAAAAUGGAAUGAAGACGACGAUCAGAUAGUCCAUCUGAAAGCCGAUGUGGUCAUCAGUGCCUUUGGCUCAGUGCUGAGUGAUCCUAAAGUAAAAGAAGCCUUGAGUCCUAUAAAGUUUAACAAAUGGGAUCUCCCAGAAGUAGAUCCAGAAACUAUGCAAACCAGCGAACCAUGGGUAUUUGCAGGUGGCGAUAUUGUUGGUAUGGCUAACACUACAGUGGAAUCGGUGAAUGACGGAAAGCAGGCUUCUUGGCACAUUCAUAAAUACAUACAGUCACAAUAUGGAGCUUCGGUUUCUGCCAAACCUGAACUGCCCCUCUUUUGCACUCCUAUUGAUCUGGUGGACAUUAGCGUGGAAAUGGCUGGAAUGAAGUUUACAAAUCCUUUUGGUCUUGCUAGUGCAACUCCAGCUACCAGUGCAUCUAUGAUUCGAAGAGCGUUUGAAGCUGGAUGGGGUUUCGCUGUGACCAAAACUUUCUCCCUUGAUAAGGACAUUGUGACCAAUGUUUCACCCAGAAUCAUCCGGGGGACCACCUCUGGCCCCAUGUAUGGCCCUGGACAAAGCUCCUUCCUGAAUAUUGAGCUCAUCAGUGAGAAAACGGCUGCAUAUUGGUGUCAAAGUGUCACCGAACUAAAGGCUGAAUUUCCAGACAAUAUUGUGAUUGCUAGCAUUAUGUGCAGUUACAACAAAAAUGACUGGAUGGAGCUCUCCAAAAUGGCUGAGCACUCUGGAGCAGAUGCCCUGGAGUUAAAUUUAUCAUGUCCACAUGGCAUGGGAGAAAGAGGAAUGGGCCUGGCUUGUGGACAGGAUCCAGAGCUGGUGCGGAACAUCUGUCGCUGGGUUAGGCAAGCUGUUCACGUUCCUUUUUUUGCCAAGUUGACCCCAAAUGUCACUGAUAUUGUAAGCAUCGCAAGAGCUGCAAAGGAAGGUGGUGCAGACGGUGUUACAGCCACCAACACUGUCUCAGGUCUGAUGGGAUUAAAUGCUGAUGGCACGCCUUGGCCGGCAGUGGGCGUUGGAAAGCGGACCACAUAUGGUGGAGUGUCUGGGACAGCUAUCAGACCCAUUGCUUUGAGAGCCGUCACCUCCAUUGCUCGUGCUUUGCCUGGAUUUCCCGUUUUAGCCACUGGUGGAAUAGACUCAGCUGAAAGUGGGCUCCAGUUUCUCCACAGUGGUGCUUCAGUCCUACAGGUAUGCAGUGCUAUUCAGAAUCAGGAUUUCACUGUAAUCGGUGACUACUGCACUGGCCUCAAAGCCCUUCUUUAUCUGAAAAGCAUUGAAGAACUGCAAGACUGGGAUGGGCAGAGUCCAGCCACCGUGCGUCACCAGAAAGGGAAGCCAGUUCCACAGAUUGCUGAACUCACCGGGAAGAAACUGCCAAGUUUUGGACCUUACCUUGAGCAGCGCAAGAAAAUCAUAGCAGAGAACAAGAUUAGACUGAAGGAGCAAAAUGCAGCUUUUUCACCACUUGAAAGAAAAUAUUUUGUCCCCAAAAAGCCUAUUCCUGCCAUCAAGGAUGUAAUUGGAAAAGCACUGAAGUACCUUGGAAUGUUUGGUGAACUUAGCAACGUAGAGCAAGUUGUGGCCAUGAUCGAUGAAGAAAUGUGUAUCAACUGUGGUAAAUGCUACAUGACCUGCAAUGACUCUGGCUACCAGGCUAUACAAUUUGAUCCAGAAACCCACCUGCCCACCGUUACUGACUCGUGUACAGGCUGUACUCUGUGUCUCAGCGUCUGCCCUAUUAUCGACUGCAUCAGAAUGGUUUCCAGGACAACACCUUAUGAACCAAAGAGAGGCUUACCCUUAGCUGUGAAUCCAGUGUGUUAAGGUGAUUUGUGAAACAGUGGCUGUGAACUUUGAUGCCACUUACAUAUGCUGACCUUUUCUAAUUGUGAUCAUUAUUUUCGGCUCUUUGUAAAUUAAAGAGGAUAUAAUUUCAAAAUAAAUUUCUAAGUAAAAAAUACAUAAUUUCUAAAUAAAUUUCUAAGUAAAUAAAUGUAUACUGCCAGUGAUCAUUCAAUUAAUGGUUGUAAAAUGUAACUCUUUUCUGAGGACAGUUGUUAAAUAACUGUGUAGCAGUUAAUUGGAUUUUUUUUUUCAUGGUCAGUUGUCCAUUGUGAAAUAUAUUAACUUUCCUGUUUUAAUUAAUGUGACAAUUUCCAAAUUGCACUAUGCUGUGAUCCGUCUUUGAUUUCUAAAAACUGUAAAGGAAAUUAAGUAUUUUGGAACGAAGUGUGCUUUAACAUACAAGAAAAUGUUUCCCAGGAAGCAUUUUAUAAUUGAGAAUUACAUUUAGUUUUAACACUGUUUCUGAGAAAGCACGUAGGAAGCACAAAUGAAGAAAGCGCCAUAAAAACACAAAUGAGGAAAACCAGAUAGUUAUUUACUAUGGCAGGAACAGAAAGCCUAAAAAAAAGGUUUGUAAAACUUUACUAGGAAUCCUUAGCUGAAUUGCUUCUUUUUUAGUGCUAGAUACUUAAAACAACAGUAUUUGCUAACCAUUCACAUUGCUCUGUGCUAUUCACCACUGAUGCCUGGGACAGGUGUCCAAGCUCCUCACCAAUGAAUCAACAUGACAUUCUUCUUUAAAUAUUUAAACUAUGUUCCUAACAAGAUAAGAUGUUAGGGUGGAGCUCUGGGUAAAACCACUGUUCUGCUGUGCACAGAUCUGCUUUGCGUGCUUUUAAUAGUAACCUUCGUGAUUACAGCAAUUAAUGCUUGAACACAACCCAAAUUAUACAGUGGGUCAGGUGCUCAAUUAUUCAAAAACGAAAAAUAUAAUAUCGAUAAUAUAUCUUAAAUGUGCAAAACCAAUUUGGCUAUUCUUUAUUUUACUGUUUCUGUUUAAUUUCAAACUUAAUGGAAUACAAGGGAAAUAUAGAUUUUUCUGUAAUUGCCAAACAAUAUUUUUGUAUUUCUCUAUUUUUCACGACCAGUAACUAGCAUCAUGUAAAUUCUUUCUCUCUUCUCCGGGGAAUAUUUUUAUCUGAAUCUGUAUGUAGUAAAUCUGUGAGUACUAUGCUGUGGCAUAUUUCUAUGAUAAACGUAAAUCUAGAAAAAAAAAUUCAUUAUGUACUUUUA